AUGGCCACUGUUUCCCCUCCGAACAUCGAAAUCCCUGAUGGGUUCCGUCUUCACACCGAAAAUACGUCUCAUAUUCUUCUCUCGACGGACGAAGCAUUCCUGAACCCGGUACAAGAAUUCAAUCGAGAUACGAGCAUCGCAUGCAUUCGCGUUUGGAGCGAGGAGCUGCAUAGGACGAAGGAGGAGCGCUGGAGAAAGACGCAGCUGAGGAAGAGCCAGAAGAAGCAAAAGCCGGGCAAGGCAAAAGAAGAAAUACCGGCGUCAACCAGUAGCAAUGCCAUGCCUGUGGAUCCCUCAGAAAGGCACGAACCUGUCAGUGACUCCGUUGCAGAAGGGCCAUCUACGUCCUCCAUGACGGCCCCUGUAUAUAAACCGUACAAAUUUACUAUUCUUGAAGCACUAUCUGCCACUGGGCUGCGUUCAAUACGCUAUGCGAAGGAGAUACCAUUGGUGAAAUAUAUCAUUGCAAACGAUCUAUCUCCUGCCGCGGUGGAAGUCAUGAAAAGAAACAUCCGAUUAAAUGGUCUUUUCGAGGACUCCAGCACAGCUGAACAGUCGACUUCAAAGGCACCUCAGGGAAUGAUUCAAGUGAACGAGGGUGACGCUUGCACCUUGAUGUAUAAUCAUCGAGAAGAGAAAAAACGCGUCGAUGUCGUCGAUUUGGAUCCAUACGGAACUGCCGCCCCCUUCAUUGACGCUGCUGUACAAGCUGUGACCGAUGGAGGUUUACUCUGUGUUACAUGUACGGAUCUCUCGGUUCUUGCAACAACCAACUUUCCCGAAAAAUGUUUCUCGAAUUAUGGAGGUGUCCCGGUCAAGGCUGAAUACUGUCACGAAGCGGCCCUGCGCCUGGUCCUACACGCAAUAUCGACCUCAGCAGGGCGAUAUGGUAGAUACAUUGAACCCCUGCUCUCCUUGUCGAUCGACUUCUACGUUCGGCUGUUCAUUCGCGUGUAUUCAUCUCCAAUGGAAGUCAAAAAGGCUCUGGUCAAGAAUUCCACAUUCUACAUCUGUACCACCUGCCAAUCUCACUACGAACAGCCGUUCGGGAAAAUGCAUUCGAAGACGCAUGAAACGUCUGGCCAUACAAAUCUCAUUUUCAAAACUCGUGCGGGUCCACCGGUGACUGUCAAAUGCCCAGAAUGCGAGUCAAACCUUCAUGUUGGUGGUCCAAUGUGGUCGGGGCCAUUACAUGAUCGUGACUUUGUGGGAAAAGUCCUGGCGCAUACAGAGGAAUCUAAAAGCCACUACGGCACCGCAGCAAGGAUGAAAGGCAUGCUGACUGUUGCGAAAGAGGAAUUGGAUCUGCCUUUCUACUUUACACCUAGUAAAGUAUCGAGUUAUUUCCACUGCGAAACACCGUCACUGGAUGAUACUGCAUCUGCCUUACUGAAUGCUGGACAUAAAGUAUCUCGGUCGCAUGCCUGCCCCGGAUCGCUCAAGACAACUGCCUCUCACCGGGAGUUGCACGAUGUCUUCCGUUGUUGGAUCAAAAACCACCCUGUAAACUUGAAGAACAUCUCGGAAACUUCUCCAGCACGACGUUUGCUGGCAAAGGAACCAUUAGUUGAAGCUGACUUCACGCACCACCCCGAAUCUCCUAGUGCUUUGGAGACGGUGAAGUUGGUCAGGUACCAGGACAAUCCGAAGAACUGGGGACCAGCCAAGAAGGCUGCUAUCACAAAGCCCGAUCUGAAAAGGAAACGCAGCGCUGAUGCCCUAGAAGAGCCGCUUGCAAAACACCAACGCUAG